AUGCUGCGGCUGCUGGCGACCCGCUGCGCCCGGGGCCCGGGGGCCGGCGGGGCCGCGCGCCCUGCCGCGGGGCUCUCUGACCGCUGCCGCAGCCCCAGCCGCCAGGCCUCCGACACCCCCGGUAACCUGCCCCCCAACUCCGAUGCCGUGGCCCGGCCGGUGGGCGUCUGUUCCAUGAUGCGGCUGCCGGUGCAGACCUCCCCUGAGGGGCUGGAUGCCGCCUUCAUCGGGGUGCCCCUGGACAUUGGGACCUCCAACCGGCCCGGGGCCAGAUUCGGACCCCGACGGAUCCGGGAAGAAUCAGUGAUGCUUCGGACGGUCAACCCUAGCACAGGGGCGCUCCCCUUCCAGUCCCUCACGGUUGCAGACCUAGGCGACGUGAACAUCAAUCUUUACAACCUUCAGGACAGCUGCCGCCUAAUUCAAGAGGCCUAUCAGAAAAUUGUAGCCGCGGGCUGUGUUCCUCUGACCUUGGGUGGAGAUCACACAAUCACCUAUCCUAUAUUGCAAGCCAUGGCGAAGAAGCACGGCCCAGUGGGGCUGCUGCACGUGGAUGCUCACAUGGACACGGCUGACAAGGCCCUGGGAGAGAAGAUCUAUCACGGGUCGCCCUUCCGCCGGUGUGUGGACGAGGGACUUCUGGACUGUAAGCGCGUAGUACAGAUUGGCAUCAGGGGCUCUUCCAUGACAUUGGAUCCCUGCAGAUACAGCCGGAGCCAGGGCUUCCGGGUGGUGCUGGCUGAAGACUGCUGGAUGAAGUCGCUGGUUCCUCUGAUGGCCGAGGUGAGGCAGCAGAUGGGAGGCAAACCCAUUUACAUCACCUUUGAUAUUGAUGGCUUGGAUCCUGCCUAUGCCCCAGGGACGGGGACACCUGAAAUUGCUGGUCUCACCCCAAGUCAGGCUCUGGAGAUCAUUCGGGGUUGUCAAGGCCUGAACGUGGUGGGUUGUGACCUUGUGGAAGUUUCACCGCCAUACGAUCCUUUUGGAAACACGGCCCUCCUGGCUGCUAACCUGCUGUUUGAGAUGCUGUGUGUUCUCCCCAAAGUGACAGUUGUCUGAACCUUGUCCUCUUCAAGACAUCAUCACAUCGCAUCAGGGACAAAUUCUCAAGAACUUAUGAGCAAGCAGUCAGUUCUGAAGAGUUUAUGCCAAUAAAACUUUCUACUAAGGGUGUCAUUGGUGGCUGUAAAAUCAGGGUAUAAAGUAAGAACUCUAAUCUAAACAGCCAGUAUUAAGGAGGAGUUUGAAUUAACUUAAAAAACAGAGGCCACUUGUUCUGUGCUGAUUUUUUCCUUUAACACAAGAUGAUGGAGGACAAAGGGGGAAGGGAUGGAGAAUUUAGUUCCAAGUUAUCUUAAAAUUGGAGGAAUGAAAUAAAAUAAAGACUACGAAACAA